CUCGCGGUGCAGGAGCGGUGCCGCCAGCAGUUGGCUGAACUUGUGUCACUCGGGUGUGUAGUUGCUGUUUGUUACAGAGAAGCAGGAUUAAGUAUCACUAGAGGUGUAAUGUCGGCAUCUUUAAUGGCUACAUUUACUCUUCUGUGAAAUUUGUUUACUUCGUUGUGUCAUUUUAGGUGUCUUAAGGAAAAACAAACAACGAGGUCCUGAAAGAGGUCCAGAAAGAGAUGCACAGCAGUGCACCUGAGAUUUCAGAAGACAGCUGCCUUCAGAUGAUACAGAACUCACUGACAGUUGCUCUUGCUUCAGUCCUACUUCAUGAGAACUUCAGAAGAUUCUAACUGAGCAGAUGGUACGUGAACAAUACACUACAACGACACCAGGCACUAGCCUAGAGAGGCCGAAGAAUGAAUAUGUCUACAAAAUUGGAAUUUAUGGCUGGAGAAAACGUUGCCUCUACCUAUUUGUUCUCCUCCUGCUUAUCAUCCUAGUUGUGAAUUUUUCUUUGACAAUUUGGAUUCUUAAAGUGAUGUGGUUUUCCCCAACUGGAAUGGGACACCUGCGUGUUACAAAAGAAGGUCUUCGACUGGAAGGGGAGUCUGAAUUCUUAUUCCCUCUUUAUGCCAAAGAAAUCCAUUCUAGAGUGGACUCAUCACUGCUUCUCCAGUCUACUCACAAUGUGACUGUGAAUGCUCGCAAUUCAAAUGGAGAAGUCACAGGCAGAUUAAAUGUGGGUCCUAAAAUGGUAGAAUUCCACGGUCAGCAAUUUCAGAUCAACUCAAAGGAUGGAAAGCCACUUUUUACAGUGGAUGAAAAUGAGGUUGUAAUUGGCACAGAUAAGCUUCGAGUCACAGGGCCUGAAGGAGCACUUUUUGAACACUCUGUAGAAACACCACUUGUAAAAGCAGAAGCUUUUAAACAGCUUAGGCUGGAAUCACCAACUCGAUCUUUGAGCAUGGAUGCACCACGAGGAAUUAAUAUCAAAGCACAAGCUGGGAAUAUUGAAGCUCUUUCCCAGAUGGAUAUCAAACUACACAGCAGUGAUGGUGUGCUUUUGCUCGAUGCUGAAACUGUGCGACUGCCCAAACUGCCUGAGGGUGCAAGGGGUGGAUCCGGUAUUUCUCAGGGGCUCUAUGAAAUCUGCGUGUGUCCAGAUGGAAAGCUCUACUUGUCAGUGGCUGGCGUGGGCUCCACCUGCCAAGAAUACAGCCGUGUCUGCCAGUGAGGCACCAGAAAAGGCCACACACCCUCCUUGCGCAGUUUUAUAUUACUGCUAAAAAGCAUUGCUGAAAGAGUAUUUUUCAGAAUUUAAAAAAAAAAAAGUACUUCAAUUUAGGAAGCAAAUUUGUAUUGACAGUUCUGGACUACAGGGUGUAAGGGGAAGAAGAGCACAAAUGACAUUUCAGCUUCAGAAGAAUGACUUGAAUCAAAUUACAUGUUCUGUCAGUAACACUUUGAAAACAGCCUUAUGGAGAACAUAAAAAAAUAAAAAUGUUUCCGUGCUGAACUAUUAUUCAGUUCAGAUGAUUGUCAUUGUUCAUAUUUUUGAGAUCAGUGGGUUUUUUCUCUCACUAGAUGUAAGCACUUGCUGUAUUAGUGGGUAAAUUUAGAUUGAGGGAACUACUUGAACUAUUUGCUAAGACAAAGCAUUAUUUGGAGAAUGCAGAAAGUGCCAGCAAAUGGUCUAUGCAAUUUUGUUCUUGCAAUAACACGAUAUAAAAAUGUGAUAUUUGUAUAAGUUCUCUGUAAAAGGUGUUAAUUUGCUAAAGCUUUCUAUUUUAAUUUGGCAGCAUAUAUGCUGAUUUGCUUAUUACUGAGAUUCAUAUAAAAAUAACUAAUAGUAAAAGCUCCAGAAGUCAUUAAUACCUUUGUGCAUCUCAAUUCUGUCCACUAUAUGACAGAGAAAUAUAUUAUUAAAUUUUAUAAUAGCAAUAGUUUGUUCUACUGGUUGUACUGUCAUAUUCAUUUAAAUCCUUUUCUAUUUUUGGACAUGCUAAUUCAACAAGGCAAUUUGUUCUGCCAGCUGGACUACUAAAAAGAAAAAAAGUGUGGCUUCAGAUUGUCUGACACAAGGAACUGUUUGAGCAGUGGGGAAAAAAGUUCUUUUUUGCAGCCCACAGGUUUCAAUCAACAGAAAUAUUUUAUUUCCAUCUGCAGCUGUUGACUGAUAUGUCUGAUCCUGACAGAGUGGGACUCCAUCACAAAUGGAGAGAAUACAACUGCUCUUUAUUAUUUUUUACAUUAGGAUUUGCAUUACAAAAUAAGUGCUCACCAGAGUUGACAUGCUGUUUAUUAACCUUGUAAAGAAACACAGCUGCAGAUCCAUUCCCCUGUACACUGUUGCACUGAACAUAAAUAAAUUGUUUGCACACCUCUGGGUAGCAAGAUUUGUAUUUAAUAGUCUGUUGUUUAAACCUCAUGAGUUUUUAAUUCCUUUGAUGCUGUUUUGUGUACACUUGAUGGUAUUAUGAUCCAGGAAGGAGCUGCUAUCACACAGUGCCUUAGUGCCUAUUUACAGAAGGAUUUUAACCCAUAGUUGUUAGUAAAG